CCGCCCACCAUUAGUGGUCACGUGACUGGCCGUCGCCCAGGUUGUCUCGAAAGCAUCCUGGUGUUAGCAGUUUACUGGCUGUGGCAAGGAAAAUAAAGUAAAACGUACUUUUUCUGACAAUGGAUAAAUUAUGUAUCUAAUUGGUGCGAACGGAAAGAAGACGGGGAGCUACUGCGGUGCUUUCCGACACAGACUGACUGCACUUACCUGAACAGGCCAGUUGAAAAGGCUAGCAAACACUUAGCUUAGCUAAUCGUUCAAACUUUGACGGACAGCUAGCUUCUAAAGCUGUUUUACAUCUGUACAGCUUCUACCGCAUCUGGAUGGGAACCCGUCCUUCUUGUAGGAGCUAUUAUGCUAACAAAAAUGUUGGGAACGGGGGCUCCCUAGCCAGAUAGUUAAUUUAAAACUAAGGUUUGCGUUAUUACAAAGUAACUAUUGGCUACCUUUUGAAUAAUAACUGGUGUCGCGCAGCUAAUGCUAACAACAGUGCGUUAAAUUAAAAGUAGCACAGACGUAUUCAGUGACAGAAAUUGAAAGCAGCGCUGUUGUUUCCUCUAAAUGUUGGUGAAGAUUAGGCAGCCGUAACAAAGCUYGAAGAACCGCAGAAGCAACACGUCCUUAUUCCCCCUCCCGAUUUCGGCCAAUCACAUGAGUAAAAAACAAUGCUAAACACCAGGAUGUCAAACGCAUGGGGAUUAACCUCAACCCAGCUGCAUUGCCUCGAAAACACGGUUGUCCUGUCAUUUCGAUAAUCCCUGCGUUCCUCGCAAUGCAUCAACAAUAGACCCUUUUUUUUUUUACUUGCCGAGCCUGUAGCGCAGUCAGUUAGCAUCUGGGUUUAUUAAAUCAGUUCAUACACUGUUUUCCCCGUUAAAAUGAUGUCUGGGGACACAUCUGACAGCAGUGAUGACUCCGACGGGAAAUCUAAUGAGAAGGCCUGUACUGUCAAGCAUCAAAUCACCAAUGGUAAGUCAGAUUUAUGUACAUUGUUUGAGAAAUGGACCRACACUGUUCACACAAUUUUUCUUAAAAAGAAGAAGCCCCGGAUCAGCUGGAAAAUACGGUCAAAAGCUACAAUAGAAGAGUUCAUCAAAGUGUAUUCAUGUGUCUUGUGCUUCUGCUACUUGUCUCAGGUUUUAAAGAAAGCAGCAAUCGUUCAGAAAGCAAAGACGACAGAACACACUCGCACCGAGCGCCAGGUGCUGGAGCACAUCCGCCAGUCUCCCUUCCUGGUCACCCUUCACUACGCCUUUCAAACUCAGAGCAAGCUGCACCUCAUCCUGGACUAUGUGAGCGGCGGUGAAAUGUUUACUCACCUGUACCAGCGGGAUCACUUUUCCGAAGAAGCUGUGCGGAUUUAUAUCGGGGAAAUAAUUCUCGCUCUGGAGCAUCUGCACCAGCUUGGGAUCGUGUACCGAGACAUCAAGCUGGAAAACAUCCUUCUAGACAGCGACGGCCACGUGGUGUUGACCGACUUUGGGCUCAGCAAAGAGUUUCUGGAAGAAGACAAAGGAAGGACUUACUCUUUCUGUGGCACCAUCGAGUACAUGGCUCCAGAAAUCAUCCGGGGGAAGACGGGCCAUGGCAAGUCUGUAGAUUGGUGGAGCCUGGGGAUCCUGAUGUUCGAGCUGCUGACAGGAGCUUCUCCUUUCACCUUGGAGGGAGAAAGGAACUCCCAGAGUGAGGUGUCGAAACGUAUCCUGCGCUGCGAUCCACCGUUCCCCUCCAUGAUUGGAUCGGUGGCUAAGGACCUUCUGAGGAAGUUAUUGGUGAAAGAUCCACACAAGAGACUUGGCUCUGGGCCCAGAGGAGCCGAGGAUAUCAAAGCUCAUCCCUUCUUCAAGGGACUGAACUGGUCCGACUUGGCACAGAAGAAGGUACCGAGUCCAUUCAAACCGGAGCUGAAAAGUGAACUCGACGUGGGCAACUUUGCCGAAGAGUUCACCGGAAUGGACCCCGUCUACUCCCCAGCGAGCACGCCCCCCAGCACAGACCGCCUUUUCCAGGGCUACUCGUUUAUUGCUCCUUCCAUUUUGUUCAACAAGAACGCCGUGAUGGGAGACUUUGUCGAAUGUCAGAUUGGAGCGGAGCGCCCGGCUUCUGCUUCUGUCCAGCAAAGUGCAAUGCUAAAGGAAUCCCAGUUCUUCCAGCACUAUGAGCUGGAUCUGCAUGGUCCUCCACUGGGCGAGGGGAGUUUCUCAGUGUGCAGGAAAUGCAGACACAAGCAGAACGGCCACGAGCACGCCGUCAAGAUCGUCAGCCGCAGAAUGGAAGCAAAUACUCAGAGGGAGAUUGCUGCCCUGAGGCAGUGCGAGGCUCACCCCAACAUCGUCAAGCUGUACGACGUCUUCACCGAUCAGUAUCACACGUAUUUAGUGAUGGAGCUCCUGAGAGGCGGGGAGUUACUGGAGAGGAUCAAGAAGAAGAAGCUGUUUGGGGAGGCAGAGGCCAGUCAGCUGCUGCAGAGCCUGGUCUCAGCUGUCAGCUUCAUGCAUGACGCCGGAGUGGUGCACAGAGACCUUAAACCUGAGAACGUGCUGUUUACCGACGAGGGCGAGGACUCUGUGCUGAAAGUCAUCGACUUCGGCUUCGCCCGCCUGUGUCCUGCGGGCAGCGCCCCUCUGCAGACGCCCUGCUUCACGCUGCAGUACGCCGCUCCCGAGCUUUUUGAGAGCGCCGGAUACGACAAGUCCUGCGACCUCUGGAGUCUGGGGGUCAUCUUGUACACCAUGCUGUCAGGCCAGGUGCCGUUUCAGAGCGAGCAGCGUGGGAUGACCUCAUCRUACGCCGUCGACAUCAUGCAGAAGAUAAAGGAGGGGGAUUUCUCGUUGGACGGGGAGGCGUGGAAGGGCGUGUCAGAGGACGCCAAAGAGCUUGUCAAAGGACUUCUGACUGUGGAUCCAGAGAGACGCCUGAAACUCUCCGAUCUGAAGGAGAACAGCUGGCUGCAGGGCGGAGCGUCCAUGUCCACCACUCCUCUGUGYACUCCUGAUGUGUUGGAGUCCAGCGGGCCAACAGUCCGUACCUAUGUGAAUGCUACAUACAAGGCUUUUAACCGUUGCAAGAGAGAAGGCUUUUUCCUGAAAAGCGUCGACAACGCCCCCCUGGCAAAACGACGCAAGCUCAAGAUGACGAGCACAGGCGUGGAGACCCGAUGGAGCUCCUCCUCCUCCUCGUCCUCAUCCUCCACCUCUUCCUCGGCGUCCAAAGAGCAGAACAAGCAGACUGUGAGCCCAAAGCACAUUAAGCCCAAAUGAUGCGACGGGAGCGACGCUGGGGGAAAAAAAACAACAAAAAAACAAAAACAAARAGGCGUAUCCUAACACUGAGGACAUGGUGUCUGCCGAUGGGGUCAGUGCUAAACAAAACAAAACAAAACAAAAAAAUCAAAAACACAAACAAACCCACACUGAUGGAUAGAAACACCGGUGCGGGUACGACGACAGUUUUAAUGGAAAAAUAAUCUCCAUUCCUCCUGCUGCACUCUACUCAAACCAAACGUGUAUCUUGUCGAAAAGAGAAGACGUGCCCUGGAGGAUUUGAAUUCCUGUUCAGUAUUUUUCUUCUCGGCACAAUCAGUUUAUCCUCACUGUGGCGACGAAGCAGCGCCUGGUCAGAGGAGGAGGAGGAAAGGGAAAAAUCGAGCCAUUAAUGAGGAGAAGCCAUAACUCCAGCGACUCUGUGAGCAAGAAGACGCGUCUGUCUGCACGCUGCAAGCGAACCGGCCUUUCAAUCGUUGAUUUCAUCUGCWAUCAAUCAAACGCUCCUUCGCAAGUUCUCCACCACACCAUCACAAACGAAAUCAACUUUGCCGGUUACGUUCGAGGGGCAAAUUUUGAGCCGUUUGCACUAUCAGCAGAGACUGUCGACGAUCAAAUUAUCGCAGACGCAUAAAGCGGCUGCAGGGAUUUCGCACAGAGGGAUUUAUUUUGUGACGUUUAUGUGUCGUUUGGAUGUUGGGCACUGUGCAGGGUGAGCGUCGGGGCGUAGUUGGAGUCAGUUUUCACACGAGAGGUGCUGCACUUCCAAUAACACUACYAGCUCCGGGCAGAGCUCUUGUCUGAAAUCGUUCAACUCUGGGAGUUUUUUGAUCCACAGAGUUGAAUUUUUAUUUUUUAGCAGCUGUAAAAACACAAAACAAGCUCGUCGAAUUGAAUCUCAUGUUUGCUUCAGUCUGGCAUGCGGUUUUCUAUAUUUUCGUACCCGACUGAUAGAAAAUGGUAUCUCGGAGCGCACACGAUGCCUUCGUCUGUCUGCUUUUCCCAGCGCCAUAGUGAUGCUGAGACCUUGUGGUUGCUCAUCUUUUUUCUUUCUUUUUUUUUUUCCUGAGGCGGUUUUAAACACGACUUUCCGGUGGAAGAAAUGUACAUACCCAUCUUGAUUUUUAAACGGAAACUGAUCAUGUAAUGAGUUAUGGUUUGACAGCGGUCUCAAAGGUAUAUCUUUGUUUUUAUUGGACUUCUUAAAUGUUGUCAGUUGAGCGAUUAAACACAUUUCAGCUUUAACAGUGAUUUUUGCUGAUAUUUAUUACAUCCUUGAUUUUUUUUAAUGCUGUGGUUGUGGGUUUAUCAUGAUUUUAGCUCUUGUUGAAUUCCAGCCCUCCGCGCGUGCGUGUGUGAGAGAGUGUGUGUUUUUAUGUAUCGUACUGAGGGGUGUGUGCRGAUCGGUUUUGUUCAUAUUUCCGUGCCAGAUGAAACAUUAUUGCAUCUUUGCUGUCGUUGGUUCCCCAAUGAUGUUGUUUUUGAAUUUAACUGGUUGUUUGUUGAUGUUUUUACUCAAGAAUUGCUUUUAUUGGUGUUGAUAUUCCUUUUGCUGUUGUAGGUGAUGUUUCUUUUGGCGCUCUUCUUUUCGGUUUUAGCAUUACUAUUUUACUGUCAGUGUCCUAACUGGGAAUUUAUCUUUUGCACCAAGAUUUUUAUUUUUUAUUUUUUUUGGUUGGUGCAAAAAUAAAUAUUACUUUGAAAUAUCUGGUUAUGAUUAUUUUUUUUGUCUGUUGGAUGUUUCAGUAGUAUUUAUUUGAACUUAAGUGAUCAAAGUAGAGGAAAUAUGACGGUAAGAUGAUAUUUAUAUUUAUACAUUUUGAUGGAGGGAAAGGGGUUUUCUGACUUUCUUUUCAGCUAACGAAAGAAAAAAAUAUUUGAUUAUAUAGAUUUUUUUGUGAAUUAAAAUGUCUUGAUGCAUUAUUUUGUAAAUCACUGGUUGUGUGGCUUCUUCGAUGCAACCCAACAUGUACAGACCCAUUCAAUAAAUUAAAAUCUUAUUGAA